AGUGCUUAAGUUUGGUAUGUUGUGUUUCUAUUAAUUUAGACACUUAUUGGGUUUGUUUCUAUUAAUGAUGGGGCUAUUAUUAAUCCUGUCUUCUUUGUCUAAUACAUAUUGAUCUUUUAGGAUGCUUUUAUGCUUAGAUUGAUGCUUCUGUUAAAUACAAUGCAUCAAUUGAAUAUUUUGGCUAGAUAUUGUAUAGUAUGAAAUUCUUGUGAACUCUUUGCCUGUCAGUGGCAAUGGGUUUAUGUCUCUGUUUGCUUUUAUGUAAAAGCUUGCAUAGUACUCGUGGUUCUUUUUUUUUUCCCAUUCACUUCGAAUAGAGAGAGGAUGGGCUUCUGCUGGAGUAACUCAAUAACCCCAUCAACCAGUACGAAUCGUCUUAGAAAUCCAGCAAUGGCUGGAGGAUAUUCUCAGCAAGGUUAUCAAGCACGACCACCUACAAACUGGGGCACACCUGGGGCUCCUCCAAUGCAACAACCUGGGUAUGGUUACAUGCAGCCUGGAGCAUAUCCUGGUCCAUCACCCCAGUAUAACAUGUCUCAGCCUCCAUAUGCUGGCUAUCCUUCCCAAUCAACAUCUGGUGGAUAUUCUACCAAUUGGGACCAGUCCUCUGUACCACCGUCCCAGCAAACUACCCAGGGGAGUGGUUAUGAUUACUAUAGUCAACAACUGUCUUCUCAGCAACCAGCAGCCCCUGGUGGUACAGCAGCUCCAGCAGAUAACUCUGGUUACAAUUACAAUCAGCAAGCAGCAUCUGGCUAUAACCAACAGGGACAAGGUUAUUCUCAAGAUGGCUAUGGUGGAUACCAUGCGCCUCAGUCAGGGUAUGGGCAGCCUGCAUCAUAUGACCAGCAACAAGGUUACAACUCUGCAUCUGGCUAUGGUAAUGUGACCAAUUCAACUCAAGAGGGGCAUACUCCCUCGUAUGGAACAGGUGAUUCAACACAGGCACCUCCACCUGCGCAGGCCUAUGGUACCAGUCAACAGCCUAGCCCAAACCCUGCCAGCUAUCCACCUCAAGGAGCUGCUCAGCCAGGUUAUGGAGUGCCUCCAACUUCUCAGGGUGGCUAUGGGAAUCAAGCACCAGCUCAAUCUGGGUAUCCCAGCUAUGGGCCACCCCAAGGACAGAAACCCAAUCCCCCUGCUUAUGGACAGACCCAACAGUCACCUACUGCUGCAGGAGGCUAUGGGCAGCCAGCACCUGUUCAGCCUGGAUAUCCCCAUUCACAGCCACCAGCAUCUGGCUAUUCUCAACCAGAUUCAGGUUCUCAACGUGCCCCACCAUCCAGUUAUGGUGCAGCUGCUCAGCAAGGGUAUGGAUAUGGUGCACCACCAGUUAGUCAACCAGGUUAUGGUCAGGGGCCACCAUCUUACAACUCUUAUGCUGCUGGGUACUCACAGUAUUCUGCUGAUGGCAGUGCAGCACCAGCUUCUCAGCCUGUUCAACAGAGUGGAGUAUCCAAGUCACCCCAAAGUUAGGCAGGCAUAUGUGGCAACUUGGUAUUCAACUGUCAGUUUUUGUUGCUUGUAUGUUUGAUGACGGUUUAUUGUAUUCCAGUGGUUUAGGUCUAGUUAGAUUUAGUUGUAUGUUUAAGACUUCAUCUAGUUCUGUGGUAUUGUUGAAUAUUGAGGAUGAUGAUUAUAUUUCCUUGUCCAAUCUUUUUAGUUUUUACUCACUGUUUAAAGCAUGUUCGUGCUUCCAUUUCCUUGCUGUGGUUGUUAAAGUAUAUUUGAUUUGAAGAACUAUGCAAUUAAUUGGCCGACUUUUUGAAUUCGAUUA